CCCUCCCCAUCCCCAUCUCCUUUCUUCUUCAUCUUCGUCUUCGUCUUCUUCUUCUUCUUCCCCGCCUUUCCUUUCCUCUACCUCCCCCUCUCCCUCCUCCUCCUCCUCCCACAAACCCCACCAUGCGCACCACCUACGCCCUUCUCGCUGCCUGCGCCGCCACUGCCGCAGCCCCGGCCAAGUCGUACCCCGCCAUCGAAGAGCUGGCCGUCCGCACCACCGACGGUCGCAAUGGCUUCACCCACGUCCAGUUCCCCAUUGAGUGCCAGCGCUGCUUCCGCUCCGACCCGGCCAAGCCCAAGUCGAAGCUGAUCGACGGCGUGCUCGAGUUCGACGUGCGCAUCACGCGCCAUCUGGGCCUGGACGGCGACGACGCCGCCCAGAUCAACGGCUACACGGUCGAGGACGAGGAGCUGCCAUUUGUGCACGUGGGCAAGGAAGAGAGCGGCAACAUCAACAGCGCCAUCCAGCUGUACGCGCCGACGCGCUACGACGCCGACGGCGCGCCCAUCGCGGGGCCCUACACGACGAACCUGCGCGGCAGCAUCAGCUUCGAGACGCUCGUCAAGAACGGCACCCACGACGUCAAGGGCGUCGUCUUCAACGUGACGCACAUUGAGGCGCAGGACAACGGGCCGGUGCCAGCGGCGCUGACGGGAUUCCGCCUGUCGUACUCGCGCAAGCCCAAGAACACGAUCCUGCGCAUCCAGCAGAACGCCGCGCCCACAGCCGCGGACCCGUACCCCUUCGCCGACCGCGAGGCGUGGAUCGAGCCGCCCCAGGUGCAGCACUUCCUGUGGGCGAGCAAGAACGUCGAGUUCAUCAACAAGGCGCACGACCUGUACCCCGGCUGGAACCCGAAUCUGGUCGAGUGCAAGACGAUUGCGUGCCGGGUCAACAAGCUGCACACGCGCUUCACGGUGGCCUACGACGCGUGCGUGGAGCGGCUCGAGGAUCCCCUUGCGUCGGGCAUGCCGCUGCACUGCCGCGCGUACCUGCUCCCUUACUACGCCAAGAAGAACAUCAUGUGGGUGGGCGCGGGCACGGCGCUGCUGAUCAGCACCGUCAUGCGCAUGCUGCUGCAGAAGAAGAAGGACGCCGACCUCGCCAAGAAGAAGGAGGCCAAGCAGCUUGAGGACCUGAUGGACCGCAUGGAGGACGACGUGUGCGACUACCUCAUCCGCACCGAGGGCGUGGCCAAUCCCGACGACGUGCCUGCGCCGGCGGCUCUCGAGGCCAAGGAGUCGACCGUCGAGGCGAGGCGGGCGUACAACGCCGAGGAGUUGUAAGUGUGUGUUGGGUGCUUGGAUGACGGAAGAACAAUUGGAUGAUGGGAAAGAAAGAUUAUUUGGAUGACGCCGCGAGGCUAUGUAUGUACCUACUGUACGCUCACGUUGGAUGCCGCACGCAUGGAUGGGAUGGCCAUAUGGAUGAACUACGUAAUUAGACUAAUGUACGCUUGAUGAGCACCUACUCGAGUAGCGAGUGGUAUAACAUUUGUAUCUCGCCAC